CCUUUCAGCUGUGGAUAUCCGCUUAAUGACAAAUAUCUCGUAAAAGCAGAUUCAGUGUUGAUACAGUUUUCCUACAGCCUAGUCGUAAUCUGGACUUCACAUAUUACACAUAGUUGUUUUUUGUAUUUAAAUUAUGACAACUGAUAUUAAACUUAUACUUUGUUGAAGAGUGUCUUUGAAUACCAACAAAAUGAUUUCGUUUAAAGAAGUUAUACGAACCAUUCUAGUACAAAUAUAUGUAAUUUUCUUCUAUUUUUCGUGGUUAGCUGCCCAUUAUUAUACGUUAAAAGGACUUCUCUUUGGUCGUUUACUUGUAAAAACUGCGGUCAUUAUAUACUUAACAUACAUGCUGGUCAACUACCACUUCUACCACAGUACUUUCGAUGGCAACGGUCCCAUGUUAUUACGUUCGGAGCGCGGUUUAGGCAUCAUGCGCGAAUAUUUUCCGGUAAGAAUACGAAAGACUGCCGAAAUUCCACCAAAUCGUAAUUACUUGUUAGCAUAUUUUCCACAUGGAAUAUUUACUGUGGGCAUGGCCUUGAAUAUGCAGCUUGCAAUAACGCAUUUUCUGCGUUUAUUUCCCGGUAUUCGACCAAAGGUCGCCACUUUAAGCGUUAAUUUUUUGGCGCCAUUUCUUCGCGAAAUAUGGCGUUGUUUUGGCUUAGUAUCAUCAUCAAAGCCAGCACUAUCAUACUAUUUAAAUAAGUCGAAUGAUCCAGCACAUCCUGAUAAUGCAGAUGGCUUUACAUCAUAUAUGAUUGCUCUGGUAGUGGGCGGUGAACAAGAAGCUCUGCUAACUCAACCGGGCAAACAUACAAUUGUGUUGAAAAAACGUGUCGGUUUUGUCAAAUUGGCUAUACAAACGGGUUCGCCAAUUGUGCCGUCCUUUGGUUUCGGUGAAAAUGAUUUAUAUACGCUACUCGAUAAACCUUGGUUUCGAGUAAUACAAAAGUUUUUUAAAACAUGUUUGAACUUCACACCUAUGUUGCUGAAAGGUCGAUGUGGAAACUAUUUUCUGCCUUAUAAGAAGAGGGUAACGGUUGUGGUUGGCAGUCCCAUUGAUGUUAAAAGAACUACCAAUCCGGACUCAGCAUACAUCGAAGAGAUACACGCAAAAGUUGUGGAAGCUGUACGUCAACUAUUCGACACUUACAAAAGUGAAUAUAUUGAGAAUGGUGAAGAAGCUGAGCUAGUUAUAAUUUAAACAACUCUUUCUAUGAUAUAACUGUAUGUAGUUUUUUAGAAACAUAACUCUCAUUUAUGGUAGUGUAUAUAAGAAUUAAAUCGAUUUUUUUUGCAAUUUGUCUGUGCUAGUGUCUUAACA